UUUGAUUCAAAACUGUUUUAGCUUAUUAUGCAAUUAUUGUUUGAAGUAUUUCUUCUUGUCGUCUCAUUCACGAACGAUUGUCUCUAGUUGACACUCAUUUUUUUCUUCAAAUUAAAAUGUGGAAAGUGUUCGAAAUUACCUUUUUGAUUUCAAUUCUGAUAUCUACUGUAUUCUCAAGAAGUGUCACUACAGCGUACCCUGAUGACGAUUCCAUAGAAAUUCCUACAAAAAACCCAAACAGAAGCAGCCCAAACAAUGGAUUCUCAAUAUUCAGACCUGCCGAUGACGCCGUCUUCAACUUUAUCAACAAAAUCGUCAAUACCACUUACCUCUCAUCCAAAAUGGCCUUGAACAGAAUGAAAGCCCAGAGUGAAACAAGGAAAAAAAUUGAAGACGAAAUUGAAAAUUUUCUAGAAAAAUUACCAGUUGUUCCUAUUCCAUUACUAGAUGAUUUGCAACCGGUUCGUUCCUCGAAAAAUGAAAAAUAUGAGAAAUUCUGAAAAUUCGUUUCAAAAUGCAAUAUAUUAGGUGCCUGUAGAUAUGUAUAUAUAGUUUGUACUUUCGUUAUUUUUAUAGAUUAUAUUUGAAGUGAUUUAUAAA